GACACUAAUUUCAUAAUAUUUGAACCAAGAAUGAAUUUACGGUGAAUUUAUCGUUUUCUCAUUUCUCUAGGGUUUGCUUUGCGAUUCAUCGGUAGAACUCUUCACUCUUGGAUUGUUAUUCGCGAGACGACCGUGAAAAAGAAAACAGCAUAGUUCUUCACUUGCAUCUGAUCGGAGUUUAUUGCGCAUCCAACAUGUUUAAUUGGAAGAACCGAAUGACAUAAUGGAAUUAAAGGGAGGGAAGAACAAGUCUAGUAGUAAAAACUUAUCAUAUGAAGCUCCUCUCGAAUACACAAUCGAAUAUGUUCGCCCGAACGGAGGAAUCAAGAAGUUCCGAUCUGCUCCAUACUCCAACUGUGCUCGGAAGCCAUCCUGAUAUUCGUCAAGCUCUGUGAUCAUAACCAGUUCUUCAGCUUUCAAACUCUGCUUUCGUAUUAUUUCCUCGCGCCUUUUCCUACUGAAUCAAAAUAGCUAUGGUGCCCUCGGCAAUCGGUUUUGAAGGUUAUGAGAAAAGACUUGAGAUAUCGUUUUUCAAUCCUGGAAUAUUUGCUGAUCCUGAGAACCGUGGCCUCCGAGCUCUUUCUAAAGCGCAGUUGGAUGAAAUUCUGGCGCCAGCAGAAUGCAUAAUUGUCGCAUCAUUAUGCAAUGAUGAAGUUGAUUCCUAUGUGCUGUCGGAGUCUAGCCUUUUCGUGUACCCGUACAGGAUGAUCCUCAAAACUUGUGGGACUACUAAAUUAAUGCUCUCGAUCCCGCCCGUCGUUAAUCUCGCUGGAAUGAUCGGGCUCACGGUGUGCUCUGUCAGAUACACUCGCGGAUGCUUUAUGUACCCGGGCGCUCAGCCAUAUUCACAUCGAAGCUUUUCUGACGAAGUCGCUGUUCUCGAUCGCCAUUUCGCCAAACUUGGCCUCAUCAGCGAAGUUCACGUGAUGUGCGACGACGACAGGCGUAAUAAAUGGCACGUCUACUCCGCCUGUGCUAAAUCGGAUAGCGUCGAGUCGCGUGUUUACACGUUGGAAAUGUGCAUGACGCAUUUGGAUAAGAAUAAGGCGUCGGUGUUCUUCAAGAAUCGCUCGAGCUCCGCAAAUUGCGGUGAAGUCCGACCGAACCAAGUCCUACGAGUCGGUGGUAGUAGAGUUGGGUAGCUUCCCCUAAGUAAGGUAAGGGGUUAAAUUAUGCAUAUUUGAAAUGAUUGACCAUUAAACUACGUGUCUUAGUUAAAUAGGCUAUUAUAAUCAUAUCUUUUUUUGUGAUAUGUGGUGAACUUGCUAUUAAGAAUUCAUAAUUUUUGUAAGCCGUGGAUUUGGCUAGACUUACCGUUGAUUGGAAAAUUGAUUAUUAAUUUAUGUAUGCCGUGGAUUUGGCUAAACUUAGUUGUUGAUUGGAAAGUCAGUUAUUAAUUUGUGUAUGCCGUGGAUUUGGCUGGACUUAGCCGUUGAUUGGCAAGUCGGUUAUUAAUUUGUGUAUGCCGUGGAUUUGGCUGGACUUAGCCGUUGAUCGGAAAGUCAAUUAUUAAUUUGUGUAUGUCGUGGAUUUGACUAGACUUAGAUGCUG